GCUGUUUGCUCUAGACGGUCUGCUGCAGAAACGGUCACAAUACUACUCUGGAUGCCUUUUUUGAUUCCUAUCAGAACACCGCCACCACGAAGAUAACGGCUAGUGAGAUUAUUACGAUCGGUUCGAUAGAUGGUAUACUGGUCGGUUAGUUCUGUAUCGAGUAUAUUCUUAUUAAGCCAUGUUUCUGUAAAUACUAUCACGUCAUAGUCGGAAGCAGAGAGGGUCGAAAAAAGUUCCAUUGUUUUAGUGCGUAGGCCACGGACGUUCUGAUAGUAUACUGUAAAUGAUCGGUUCGAGUGAUUGUUAGGGCUGCUUGAAGUGAUAAUAUUCUGAGCCAAUGGAGAGUGCCGGGUAGUGUCGUCUUGUGAGAUAGUAGCAGAAAACGGGGUCGUUAUUGUUAUUGAAUCAGAACCUUCAUUAUUAUGGAUGUUGAGAUGAAUGGUGGAACUGAGAUCAAUAAGAGAACAGUUGUCCUAUAAAAAAGUACUUAACACAUCACUCGAUAAGUUGCCUGACUGAUGGCGCAACAGACUAUUACUAUAUAACUAUUUUCAUUAACCUAACAUAAGUAGAGACUUGAAAAGUGUUAUCCGGACUCAUCUUCAUCGAAAAAGAACCAUUUGUUAUUGGUUUCUGAACUUAAACGUAUUUGUACAGACACGAACGUUCUGGUCGCCUAGUUGAUGUGGUUACUUCAGAAAACAUUAAAAAAAAUCUCAAAUUAGUUAUAUCUGAAACGCGUGAGAUAGUUGAUACCGUAAGGAUAUCAGAAGGCUUUCAAUUAUGCAUGAAUAUUUGACCAUGAGAGAGCUCGUUUCAAAGUGGGUGCCGCGUUUACUCACAACUGUUUUAAAAACAACAACAUGUAGAUGAUUCAGAGUCGUGUUUGGUCAUGUUUACAAAGAAAUAAAUAAAAAUUUUCACUUCGAUAUAUGACAAUGGAUGAAGCAUGGAUCCAUCACUUCAUUUUGGAAUCAAAAUGAUCAUCAUCUGAGUGGACUGCAGCCAUGUCAGAAGCAUUAAAAAAGAACAACAGUUUGCUGGGAAGGUUAGGACUGCAGUUUUUUUGAAUACACAAAUGUAUAAUCUUCAUCAACUCUAUUGAGGAAAAGGAAAACCAAUCAAUAGCGAAUACUAUUUAGCGUUGGUAAAUCGUUUAAUUGCAAUAACUAAGGAAAAACGACCUCAUAUGUUAAAGAAAACGCUACGGUUUCACCAAGACAAUGCACCAAUUCACAACUCGAUAGUGGUUAAUUUGAACGAAUUACUUCCUCAUCCACCGUAUAGUCCAGAUCUGGCCCUGAGUGACUACAUUCUAUAUAUCUAAAAAUGCUCGCCGGUAAAAAAAAUCAACUUUAGAGAAAUCCUUCUACAACCACAGCAGCGUUAGAAUGAUUGCCAAGAUUACAUUGAUGAAUAAAGUCGAUUUUUGGCAAAACAUGUUUUUCUUAGUUAGUCACACGAUUCAAAGAAUUUUGUUAGCCAUUAUUUGCUCCUGUCACAGAAUAAUUCAACCACAGUUAUCAAUAGCAAGUCAAAAACUAAAAUUUGCUUCUCAACAAAAUUCAAUCACCCAAAGGGUUGAUCAUCGAAGAGAGAAGCUAGUUAAGCGAAUCGCAUUCAACCUGUUGAUAGAUUAGAAAACAUUCAAUAACACCAGAAGCUGUUCACACCUUUCUGCAAACACAAAAAUAAAAUAACAAUACUUCACAAGUUUUCGUGCACUUCGUUCAGCAAUACCGGUAUUACUUUUAAGUCUAUUCCAUCGGGCCCCCGGACUAGACCUGUAUUUAUGAUAAAAAAAAACAAAUCUAACAUCAUCAGGUUUCUGUGAAUCAUAAUCCGGUCUCGAUGAUUUAGACAGCGACGAAGAACGACGGGUGAAUGGCGGUUUACAACGGAACCGAGAAUAGCAUUACGUCAUACCUACAGCGGAUAAUUUGUCCAAUCGAAAGUUCCUAUGUAAUGAGGUUAUUGACUCUGGCACAGAAUAGUACUAAUAGUAAAUUUGGAAAAAUGAUUUUUAGAAAUCUGGAAAGAUUAAUCCGAUAAGUUGAUGCUGGAACCAACUUUGAAUUGCAAAGAAUUUCGGUUUUGACGGUGUGACUAAAAUUAUGAUAAAACAAGGCUUUCGACAUAUCUACAAUAAUUUUUUUGACAACCAUCGAACCGAGAAAGUCAAACCAGCUGAUGGAAUUCACACCGACUUGAAGUCGUUAUUCAAGAAGAUAUAACUGGUUUAAAUAUGCUACUUCAUUGAUCGUGCUCCCCCAUCGAUAACCGACGUGGGUGAGGAGCGUCACUGGCCGUAAUCACCACUCGUCAAGUCUGACUGCUGAUGAAUGAAGCAAAAAAACAAAUUUUCUUCCAUUGCAAGAUAAAGCUUGUUCAAUGUUGUUUAUUGAUGCAUGAUUGUUGCUUCGUGGAAAGGCUAUCAGACCGGUUUAGGACAACACAGUGAACACAUUUGUCUCGGUUCUGUUGCGGAUGGCCAAGUCUGUCCGAAGCGAUUGUAUUGAGUUUCGUGUUGCAAAUCCAGACGAUUACGACUCGGUUCUGGAAUUCGUCCUCAAGUUUUACUACCACGAUGAGCCGAUGAACAACUCGUACAUCUACGAUAGCAACCCGGCCGAAGAUGAUGUUGAGUUUUCCGUUUCAUUCGUGCUGCAGGGAAUGGCAGUAGUAGCGGAAGAUUGCCACCAAGGAAAAACCCUGGUUGGAGUUUCUAUAGCCAAUCCAACCUAUCCGGGGUACGUUCAGGAUUUGCUGAAUGCAGCUGAACAAGCCAGAACUCGGAAAUGGCGCGACAGCUUGAAGCUUCUAGCACACCUACAACGGUCCGUUAACAUUUUGGAGAGGUUCAACGCACAAAAGUGUUACGACAUCGAAAUCGUGGCAGUCGAUCCGGACUACAGAGGACAAUCGAUAGGCGCCAAGCUGUUCGAGGAACAAUUCAAACGUGCAAAGUCUCUCGGAUAUCCACUAGCGAGCGCGGAUUGCUCAAGCUUUUAUUCCGCUCGGAUUGCCGAACGAGUUGGCAUGAAAUGUAUCGGAAAGCUCGCCUACUCGGAUUAUAGAGACGAAGACGGAGUUCAGCUCUUUCAGCCCAGUGCACCACACCGGGAGAUUCAAACAUUCGUAAUAGUAUUGUGAUCAUAUUGGUUAAUGAAAAAUAGUGGCAAAAAUCAAUAAACAAAUAAUGGUACGCAUUUGUAUCCAAUGUCCACACUGAUCUUGACUAGUUUCUAAUGUUUAUACCAUUGAUUGUCCGUUUCACUCGAACGAUUUCCUAGAUCGCUGUUUUUGUCGGUGCACUUGAGGGGUUACAUACCUUGCGGCUCUAGAAAAGAAGCCCAAUUCUUUUAUUACUCUAGGAAGUGUGAAUGUGAUUUUUUUUUCAAUGAAUUAAAAAGCAUCGAAUUGCACAUGUUUUUUUAUGCCUGUGAAAAAAAAUUUCUGGAUACCUAUGUGACAGAUUGUAGAUUGUACGGCCACUGGCACUAAACGCUAAAAAACUAAUGAAUCGAUUCUCUCCAAA